AUGGACAACCAUAGGAUGGGAGCGCCGCGCCGGUCGCCUUCGCCGGGCCACCCUCUCCAGCACGGCUACCAGCUGGACGACGUCCCGUACGGCCAACACCCGGCCACGACACAGUCCAACCUCAGCAUACCGAACCGUGCCGGCACCUACACGCCCAGCGACGUCCUCCCGCUGAACGCCGCCCAGUCGUACGACAACCUGUCCCAGAGCCCUUACGGCGCCCACGGCCACAACCAGGGCUACGGCUCCGACUACGGAGUUAACCCGGAGCAACAUCACGAUGCCUACUACAACCAGCCCUACGAGCCGCACCCGUCCGGCACGACUCCCUACGACGAACCCCAGGGCUACGGGCUCGACGACCAGCGCCCUAUGCUGCAGCAGAACGACUCGUACGCACAGGCCCAACCCCAGGACCCCUACCGCGACGACCCUCACCAGCAGGCCGCUGGCGGCGGCGGCGGUGGUGCCAUCAAACGGUGGAAGACGGUCAAGCAGGUUCUUCUGUACCGUGGCAACCUUGUCCUGGACUGCCCGAUCCCGCCGAGGUUGCUGAACCAGCUGCCCCAUGGAGAGCGCGACGAGUUUACCCACAUGCGGUACACGGCGGCCACCUGCGAUCCCAAGGAUUUCUACGACGAGAACUUCACAUUGCGUCAGAAGCUCUUCAGCAAGCCCCGCCACACCGAGUUGUUUAUCGUCGUGACAAUGUACAACGAGGACGACAUCUUGUUUGCGCGCACCAUGGUUGGUGUGCUGAAGAACAUCGAAUUCAUGUGCAGUCGCAAGGAGAGCAAGACGUGGGGGCCGGACGCCUGGAAGAAGAUCGUCGUCUGUGUCGUCAGUGACGGCCGUGCCAAGAUCAACCCGAGGACACGCGCCCUUCUGGCUGGUAUGGGUGUUUACCAGGACGGUAUCGCCAAGCAGCAGGUCAACGGCAAGGAUGUCACGGCGCAUAUCUACGAGUACACCACCCAGGUUGGCAUGACCAUCAAGAACGACGUCGUGCAGCUGGUUCCCAAGAAGCAGCCGGUGCAGAUGCUCUUCUGCCUGAAGGAGAAGAACCAGAAGAAGAUCAACUCGCACAGAUGGUUCUUCCAAGCCUUUGGCCGCGUCCUGAACCCCAACAUCUGCGUGCUCAUUGACGCCGGUACCAGACCCGGAGGAAACUCCAUCUACCACCUCUGGAAGGCCUUCGACCUGGAGCCCAUGUGCGGCGGCGCCUGUGGUGAGAUCAAGGCCAUGUUGGGUACCGGUGGCAAGCAUCUGCUCAACCCCCUGGUUGCGACGCAGAACUUUGAGUACAAGAUGAGCAACAUUCUGGACAAGCCGCUCGAGUCCGCUUUUGGCUUCAUCUCCGUCUUGCCCGGUGCCUUUUCCGCAUACCGCUAUGUCGCGCUCCAAAACGACAAGAACGGCCAAGGGCCUCUGGAGAAGUACUUCAAGGGCGAAACGCUGCACGGUGCCGGUGCCGGUGUCUUCACGGCCAACAUGUACCUCGCCGAAGAUCGUAUCCUCUGUUUCGAGCUGGUCACCAAGCGCAACUGCCACUGGAUCUUGCAAUACGUCAAGUCAGCGACAGGUGAGACCGAUGUGCCUGACACUGUUACCGAGUUGAUUCUGCAACGACGGCGUUGGCUGAACGGUUCCUUCUUCGCUGCCAUCUACGCCAUUGCCCACUUCCACGAAUUCUUCCGCUCUGAUCACUCGUUCAUCCGCAAGAUCAUGUUCUUUGUCGAAUUCGUUUUCCAGACCGUGAACAUGAUCUUUGCCUGGUUCGCCAUCGGUAACUUCUUUCUGGUCUUCAAGAUCCUGACAACCAGUUUGGGCGAUGAUAAUCUGCUCAGCGAAACGGGUGCAAUUCUUGGUGUGGUCUUCACAUGGUUCUACGGUAUCUCACUUAUGGCUUGUUUUGUCCUCUCGCUGGGUAACCGCCCUGCUGGUUCCGGCAAGCUCUACACAGCCAUGGUGAUAUUCUGGUGUAUUAUUAUGAUAUACUUGACGUUCGCUGCCGUGUUCAUCGCAGUCAAGGCUGUCCAGGAGCAGGUUAAGAACGGCUUCAGCGUCAAUGCCUUGUUCACGAACAAGGUGUUCUCGUCCCUCAUUGUUUCCACACUCUCCACGUAUGGUCUUUGGCUCAUUGCAUCACUGAUGAUGUUCGAUCCCUGGCACAUGAUCACGUCGUUCCUGCAGUACCUCCUGCUCACACCCACCUACACCAAUGUCCUCAACGUUUACGCCUUCUGUAACACCCACGAUAUCUCUUGGGGUACCAAGGGAGACGAUAAGCCGGAGUCGCUUCCCACAGUCGACACCAAAGACGGCAAGGGUAAGACCGACUUGCCGGAUGAGGGAGAUCUCAAUGCGGCGUAUGACCGCGAGUUGGCUGUCUUCUCCAGGAAGCACGUUGUGGAGAAGAAACCCCCGACCGAGACCCAAAUUGCCGAGGCUCAGAUGGACUACUACCGCUGGAUCCGAUCCCUCGUGGUGUUGAUAUGGAUGAUAUCCAACUUUGGUCUAUGCGCUGUCGUCCUUAGUACCGCCGGCCUGGAGAACCUAAGCACUACGACGGAUGACAACGAUACCCGUGCAUCCAUCUACAUGACGGUCGUUCUGUGGAGUGUGGCCGUCCUCAGCGCCUUCAAGUUUGCAGGCGCCCUCUGGUUCCUGAUCGUCCGCAUGUUCCGUGGUGUAUGA